UCCGCGAACUCAUCGCAUGUGAGCUCAAUCAGCCACGACCAAUUGGAAUUGAAAUCACAUUUGCAUAUAAUUUGAAUAGUCAUAACGAAAGGAAGAAAAGGAGAAAGUUACGAAUAAAUCUAUUUGUCUAAAAAUAAUUCCUACACGAAAACCUAUCCGAACAGAGCAGCCUGUAAGUUUCCUGCACAAUGUGUGAGAAUGAGCCGGAUUCAGAGGACGACUUCGAAGGAUACUUCCUAAAACCAGUGAACGAAUACAAUAUUGUUGACCGAAUCAAAAAUGCCAAUGAAGAGUUAUUUGCAACUCCGACACCUCCAUCGCCCUCUGUUUUGAAUCGAAAAGUCACCUUCCGGGAAGUCCUUGAGGAUUAUGAACCUCAUGAGGAAGAUGGCCCCGAUAUAAGUGCGACAAUGGAAUCAAUCCCACAGGAAAGUGAUGAGACUGAGCCUAGUCCACUACACGAAGGUACAUCAACCAACUCCGUUUCUGAAGACUGCCUAAAAGACAAUAUGUCUGACACUAGUGACCACGAGAUUGAGGAGAUUUGCGAGGAGGUAGAUAGUCUGGAAGUGCAGGAUCCUAACAGUGAUUGUGAGAGAAGUGAAUGCGCCGAAAUUAAACAGCUUCCUGAAAAUAAUGCAGAAGGUUCGUGUUUGCCUACACCGUCUUCGCAAGAGAAUCUUUCGACCGUGGUUUCAUUCUCUAGCGAGGACUCGUCAUCUUCGCAUGCCCAACUAGAACAUCAAGAUGAAAGGCAGCAGUCUGCGACAAAGGGGUCUAGCCCUGAAGGAGUGCCACAAGCUCAUCCACAGAGUCCUUCGGAGAACCGUUCAAAACAUAAGUUAAGGCCACAGUAUGGAGGUGACAUUCUCAAGUUACGUUUGAGCUACAAGACAUGUUGCGAAUAUAAAAACGCAAUCGAUAAUCUCCCUCGAUAUAGCGGGUACUUCUCCCAAUACGGACUUAGCAAGGAGCAAUGGGAACGUAGAGAGAAACGUUAUGAAAGGAAUCGGAAAAAGUUUUUAGAAAAGUCUUUGAGGACUGCAGAGGUGGAUAGCAAGAAAAAUGAAGAUAACGAACGCGCAUUCAGUAGUUGGUUAAGGAACAAGAUGCGUUUCCCGCUUAAUAAGACAAAAAACAUGUUUGACUUCAAACCGAGUAAACUGAAACGAAAAAGGAAACCAAACGAAACUGCGAAGGACACCAAAUGAAGAUAUUUUUCCGGGACAGACGUGAUGGGUUUUUUUUUAUUUUCGUGCGCACAUUUUACUAAUGUCAUUGGUAUUCAUGAAUAUUCAGCUUUUCGUUUUUUUUUCAACUUAUUGAAGCA